AUGUGCACAUAUCACAAGGAGCGCGGCCACUACACUAUGCAAUGCCCACCUUUCAAACGGUAUCUAGAAGAGCUUGCAGCAGCUGGGCAUCUGAAUCAGUGGAUUGACGUUUGGCGAAAUCCACUUCCACCCCCUCCACCGAUCAUUGGAAAUCUCGUAAGCGUUAUACAAGGACUGGUUUCCGAAGAAAGAGCAGCCGAGCUUCAUUUAGAAAUUGAUAGAGCCGUCUUCUCUUUACCCGUUUGCAAUGUUGGCGUUCCAGGGAAGCGAAAAUGGGAAGAUCCGGGCCUCGGCAGCCUUACCUUUUCGUCUAACGACUUGAAAGGUGUGCAACACCCACAUACGGACGCCCUCGUUGUUACUGUUGGUAUCGAUAAAUCAAUCGUUCAGCGAGUAUUGAUAGAUCAAGGAAACUCGGCGGACUUAAUGUUUUAUUCAACAUUCCAGAGCCUCGGAUUAUCUCCCGCUCAACUUCGGACAGCGUCCACUCCCCUCGUUAGUUUCACUGGAGCCCCGGUUUGGCCACUCGGCUUGAUCACUCUCCCUGUACGGGCUGGAUCACGGGUUCUUGAGAUCGAGUUUGUGGUGGUCGCUUCUCCCAGUCCAUACAACGUAAUACUCGGCCGAACCUGGCUGCACGAGAUGAAGGCAGUUGCUUCUACCUUUCACCAGGUGGUAAAAUUUGUUGGAUGA